UCAUCACCAUCAGCAACCAUCUUCAUCGUUAUCAAGAUCAGCAUCACCAUCAGAACCACCUCCAGCAUCACAAUCACACUCAUCCUAAUCAACGUCAUCACCACAUCUUCACAUACACCACAUCAUCAUCAGCAUCAUCAUCCACCACCACCACCAUGUUGUCCUGCACACGAGGCCGCCAAAAUCUACCACACCAAUUACGUGAGAAACGCGCGUGCCGUGGGUGUCCUGUGGGCCAUCUUCACCAUCUGCUUCGCCAUCCUCAACGUGGUGAGCUUCAUCCAGCCCUUCUGGAUCGGAGACAGCGUGGACACGCCGCAGGCCGGAUACUUCGGCCUCUUCAGCUACUGCAUCGGCAACAGCCUCACGCGUGAGAUGGUCUGCAGUGGCAGCUUCAUGGACUUCAGCGCGGUGCCGUCGAGCGCCUUCAAGACGGCGGGCUUCUUCAUCGGCAUCUCCAUGCUGCUGGUGAUCGCGUGCCUCGUGUGCUUCAGCCUCUUCUUCUUCUGCACCUCGGCCACCGUCUACAAGGUGUGCGCCUGGAUGCAGCUCACGUCCGCUGCGCUGCUGGUGCUGGGCUGUAUGAUCUACCCGGACGGGUGGGACGCCGACGAGGUGCGCCGCCUGUGCGGGGACAACACUGGCAAGUACACGCUGGGCGCGUGCACGGUGCGCUACGCGUACGUGCUGGCCAUCGUGGGCAUCCUGGACGCCUUCGUCCUCGCCUUCCUCGCCUUCGUGCUGGGCAACCGCCAGGACAACCUCCUGCCGGACGACUUCCUGGUGGACGAGGAAAAAGAGGGAGCGGCUCCCUAGCUGUGGCCCGGGUCCCGGGCAGGAGAGAGGAGGCCGCGUGUGAAGUGAAGCAUGUGCCUAUGACCAAGCAUCACCCCGGUUCCUCGUGAACUCCACGCACGAGAAACCAGCAGGUCCAGUUGCACAACAGUCUACCCCGGUGCUUCUCAACCCUUGUUCAUGUCCUGUCUGAGAUUCUUGGACUAUAAAUGUUUGUGUAUCUGUGUGUGUGGGGGUCAGCUUUUGUUCAGCCGGAUCGAGGGGGCUAAACGGGCGUGGCACAGGCUAGAGAAGAGAUGGAGUGAUGUGGUACAGGAGGACGUGGAGCUGAGCGGACUUGCCGAUGACUGGUACCAGCGGUGUCAAGAUCGGCCUCUGUGGAGGAGGCUCGUGAAGGACGCUACUGGGCAGUUGGAGGCAGUCGACCUCCAACAACGGAGGGCGGAGGAGCGACGCUUACAACAACGAGCGGAGCGCCGGGUACUUAAGGACAGCAAGUUGGCACAGUAGGGGGCACAGGUGGUGCAUCAGCCAGUCAUCUCGGUCAUCUCAGUCAGUCGACUCGUGGCACCUGGGUCUGCCCCGUGACCUCCUGCCAGCGGGCGUUCGACACUUCACGUGGCCUCAAGGUGCACAUGGCCUGGCACAAGCGUCG